GUAGUCUGCAUUUACUUAGACUGAUGGAGAACAGGCGAGGCUUUCAGGUUGGUUACGCGAUGGCGGCUCUCUCAAUAAUAUCUGGAUUUUAACGCGAAAACAAUGGCUUCACUGCCCGGAGAGGCGGCUUGUUAUCUGGACUAGCAACCGGAAUGAUAGCGGUAUCAGGUUGGCUGGUAGAUUUUGCUUGAGCGGAGAGUCGGAGGUGUCCCGUCUCUGUUCAGGACUCAGUGUUUUUCUGGUCCGUCUCCCGGGCCUGCCUACACCGGAGCGGCGGGCUGCUACUUUCGGAUGAGCGGGCGGUAGGUCUUGAAGUGGUGGGGUCUGAAUUUAGCCGAACCGAAGCAAAACCAGAACCUCUAGGAAAGCGCCUAACACGUCGGUCACGGAAACAUGUCAUAGUUGUAGGGGGAGAGUCAGUAACGUCAAAAUUGGAGUCCUGGUUUUGGGGCUCCUGCUAGUUAGCAUUCUUAUUAGCCAACGGCAGAAUAGACUCGCAUCGGCUAAAUCGAGAAAGCACAAGUGAUUUAUCGACAUUUAGCAUUGUGAUUUGCACUUGCUUCCUAUGUGGAGGUGGAGGUGUAGUGGUGCGUGGGCAGAAUUAAGUGAUAUUUCAGGCGGAACCCGUCCCAGUGUUUGUUGACGGGUUAUUUGCAUGUUGUUGGUGCAGCUAGCAGGUUGCUAACUGAACCGAGUGGUUAGUGACGUAACGGUGGUCAUUGUUUUGACAGCAUGCAGCAUCUUUCCUGACGCGGCAAAACUCUCAUUUUUACCACAUUUAACGGUGUUCAUCAGUGCAUUGAUAAUAGAUAUCGACAGAUGUGAUUUUAGAGGACUUUAUGUUUGGCUUACUGAUGUGACGCAGCUCCCGGUGCUGUCACAUUAUCACAUUGUACCCCAACUGCUAGUCUUUAUGUUAUUAACGACCAACCAUAACAUCAUGAACACCUGGGUGAUAUCGUGCAACCCAAUACAACAGCUUUACCUUAAAUUCUGCUUUAACUCAGCCUCUAUGAUUUUUAACAUGGUCAGAUAGGUGAUAACUGCUUUUACUAUGUUAAAGCUGAAGCUGUUGUUGUAUUACCUUUGUAAUGUUUUGCACCCUUAAUUUUUUGUGAAUGAAGUGAACAGAAAGUGAGGAACACCUUUAAGUUUUAACAGUACACUAUCAUCCACUUUUUCAAAAACCACACGUCUGGUAAAAUUUGUGUUAGAGCUAUUAUAUUGGAUUGCAUUAGGUAGCUCAGAUGUCCAUGAUGUUAUAGAAGGUCAAUGCGAAUAGUGAUUUAUCAUUAACUGCUGCGGCAUUUCAUGUUGGUAAAGCUCAAUUUUGUGAGUUCCUCGUUCUUUGUGUACAAAUCAGCUAUUCAUGUUGUUUUUCCCCCAACAGGAGGUAUCACACUGACUUGAGCUGCGUUUUUUCUUUUACACAAAGUUGUAGGAUGGAUCCAGACAGUGGGGCAGAAACACAAAAAGCUGUCAGUUUGCAGUGGAAGAGCUACAAACUUGUCCAGGACCCAGCCAUUAGACGGGUCACUCAAAAGAUCUACAGAUAUGAUGGAGUACAUUUCAGUGUGCCAGUGAGUUCAUUUUCAUCUUUUCCAUGUUAAAUAUUUCCCGUGCAUGUGUGUAUUUUAAUCCUUGGACUUCAAAUUGUACAUAUGUUUAUCUCCCAGGACUCUGGAUUUCCGCCUGUGGGUGAACUGCGGGAUCCUAGACCCCGGAGACUGUGGUCUAGGUACACAGAACUGUCAUUGCCAGUGCCCAAGUUUAAGGUGAGAAAAGCUUUUCCCAACAGCUUUACCUAUCAGAAGGGCAAGCUAUUCUUCCCUCAUUUGAUCUUUUUUUCUUAUAGCUUGAUGAGUUCUACGUGGGUCCCAUACCCCUUAAGGAGGUGACCUUCGCUAGACUCAAUGACAACAUCAAGGAGCCUUUCUUGGCAGAAAUGUGCGCCAAGUUUGGAGAGGUAGAGGAGAUGGAGAUCCUGUUUCACCCAAAGACCAGGAAGCACUUGGGCCUGGCUAGAGUGUUGUUUACCAGCACAAGGGGAGCUAAAGACACCGUGAAGCAUCUGCACAACACUUCUGUUAUGGGCAAUAUUAUUCAUGCUCAACUGGAUAUAAAAGGUAAGCAGAGCCAACGCCCUAAGUGAAGGGUUUUUGAAUAUGAGCCCUUUCGAACUUCUUGCUGUAGGAAUAUGUCAUAAUAAUGUUUUUACCAUGACACAUUUUAAACAUCAAUGAUCAUGUAAAGCAUUUGAGAUUUUGCCUCAACACUAUUUGAAACACUUCCCCUUUUACACACAUUGAAAUAAUAAAAGUAUCUAUCAUGUAAGUCUUUUUUUUUUGCUUUUGGACUUUAACAUGCUCAGAGAGCUUCUCCCAACCAUCUGUACAAAUGCUUAUAUGUGGUAUUCAACUGUACAACUUGACUGUGGGGUUUAAUGUAUGUGUUAACUUUUUAUCUUAUUGAACAAAAAACGCUAACGGUAAGCAGUAAUCAAAAAACAUUCAGUAGUAUGUGAAAUAGUAAUUUUAUGUGUUUUCAUUUCAUUAUUUGCCCCUUUUGCCCACAAUUGUACCAAAUGAGCCCCAGCCUCUCACAGCUGUGACUGAUUUCGUUUAUCAGGUCUAAAGGUGUACUUUUUAGAUAACAUAUUGGCUCUUGGCUGAGAUUGUAAAACCUCAAAAGUGUUUGUCUUAGGAAUCUGUGUAGUGUUUAUAGUUGUUGCUAAUGAGUUACAUUAAUUUUCUGUUGCUUUGUUUUCCUCCCUAGGCCAGCAAAGGCAGAAGUAUUACGACCUGAUAGUUAACGGGUCUUACACCCCUCAGACGGUGCCUCUGGGAGGCAAGGCUCUGACUGACAGGAUCCAGCCUCCGACCCCAACACAGCCACAGCCUGAUACAGUAUGUAACAUCAUGAUAAGAUAUUAAAUUGAUUUGUGUUUGGACUUCUGAGUGUUAGUAGCCAUUACACAUUUUCAUAGGUCAGUGCAUAUACUUAAUUGGUAAUAAUAUGUUGAAGUGUUUAACUCAUCUAUACUGUAUUGGACAACAGAUCAGUAUGACUGCAUUUGCUUGGUUACUUAAAUAUUCUUACUUUUUUUUGUCUCUCGUUUUUUUGUUGCACAGUCAUCAGAAAUCAGGCGCAGGCUCUCCAGUGAGCUUGCAGUUUUGGCAGCAGGGGUCCAGGCCCUCACAUCAGGCAACAUUACCCCUUGCUCAGCGGACACUGGUUUCAGUGAGCAGCGUCUAGACACUCCCCCUUCCACCAUGUCUGGCCCUUUCACCCCGGGCUCCUCUACUUCUUCUCAGGGUGGAGGUACACCUUACAGCUCCAGGUCUGGGACUCCCUUUUCACAAGACUCGGGCUUCACUGGCAGCAGGUCAGUUUUCUAGCACAUGUUGAAUUUCAAAAAGUUUUGGUUAUUUUAGAGUUGCUGUGAACAAAAGUCAAAUCCAGGUCCUUUGAUCAAAGCUGAGACACUCCUUAUCUUUUAAGUCCAUGAUAGAAUCCAAGUUAAUGAACCCUCUCAUGUGGUUUAUUAGAAUUAUAAAUCUGACUGUGUAAAUGAAGCGGUCAGUAUUCAAAUUCAUUUUGUGCCAGCCUGCAGACAUCGCUACUAUGUUGUUAGAUAUGGUUUUGAUCUUGAUAAUGUAGCACGCCAGGCAGUAUAAUGAUCUGCAUAUAUUUAUCUGUUGGUAGACUUGUACUAUUAAAUGAUGAAGAGUCUUAUAAUUACAUGAUCAAUAACUUUUUCUUGGACUCUGAGUUUUGCCUUAUGUUGCUUUAAUUAGUUUUUGUGACACAGACUGAAGGAGUGGGACUGUUGAGGUCUGACAAAUCUAACAAUUUGUUUUCUACUUGUUUCACAAUCGCAGGCAUACUGGCUACAACACUGGCACUUUGGGCAGUGGGUACCCUCCCCAGGACAUGCUUCCUUCCUCUUCCUCGUCCUCUGCUGUUUCGUCUACUGUCGGAGGAUAUAAAGUGUCUCGUUACUCUGAAGAUGCACAGGAACCUGCAGUGUAUCACAGAGGUCGCCCCAUGUACCCCCCAACCCCAUCGUACCGCUCUAAUGAGCCCCCGUGCUACCCCCCAUACCCCAGUGUUGGAGGGCCAGGGUCACACAUUGGCCACCACUCCGCAAUGCCUCCUCCACCUCUUGCCACCCAGUAUGAUCAGCCCUCAAUGUCAGACAGAGAGCGGGACCGGGACAGAGACUCAGGGGGCCGGUAUGGGGCCGGGACGAUCGGCUCCAGAAGGUCAUCAUACCACCACCAGCAAGACACAAACUCUUCCUCAAAGUACCAUUCCCAUCACUCCCAUCAUCACUCAGAUCGCAGGGAUGAGAGGGGGUACCGGCGAGACAGCUUGGGCUCUCGAUCAGGUGACCACAGCCACCAGAGACACCGCAACCACCACCAUUCUCACAACCACCAUGGCAGCAGUAGCCGCAGAAGGAGUAGCCACGACCGAGACAGAGACCGGGACAGAGAUCGAGAUAGAGACCGAGACAGAGACAGUGACUACUCCAACAGCUCGGACCCUAGAUACAACUCAAACUCGUACCGCUCUUCCUCCAACAGCAUGUCUCCUCCCCCCUCAUCUUACCCUGCAUACUCCUCUUCCAAAGAGCCCACCCCAGCCCCUCCUCAGGGAUUGGAUGUUCCCUCUCGUCUAGGGGGCACAAGCCUCUCAGAAAGAAGCUCUCAGCCUUCAGUUGGUGCUGAAAAGGAUUUCAACACCGGUCACCACAGUGCUCUGCCUCCACCACCCCCACCGCCACCUCCCCUCCCACCAGCUUCAGUCAUUGCAGCAGCUGUAGCUGAGACACUUGGAACGCUAGACUUCAACCAGGAUAGUCCUGCUCAUGAAGAGCAGUGGACCAAGCCCAAACGCCGUCCCAGCACACCGCCAGCACCGCCUAAGACACCCCCACCUCCCCCGUCUUCUCCUCCCCUUCCAAUCAUUGCUUCCUCCUCCACCUCUCCUUCAUCAACUUCCCUCCCUCAACAUCUUCCCUCCUCUUCUAGCUCUCCACCUCCUCCUCCUCCUCAACGUGACUCUUCCUCCCCAGAGCCAGAUUCCACCAACGAGAGCUUACCAUUCGUCUAUCACAGCAGCAGCCUUGACUCUCGCAUUGAGAUGCUCCUUAAGGAACAAAAGGCAAAGUUUUCUUUCCUGGCCUCUGAUGAAGAAGAAGAGGAGGACAGGAAAGAGGAGAAACAGAGGGGCAUUCGUGGGGAUGGAGGAGAGCGGAAAGUUGGGGUAGGUGAUGCAGCAGGGGAGCACUCAAGUGCUAACCAGGUGGAAGACAACGGGGAGAAGGACCAGAGGAGGAAAGGAGAAAGAGACAGAGAUGGCAAUAGAGGGAGGAAACACGGAAAGGGUGGAGAAGUUAGGAAAAGUCCCACUGUUCUUACUGCAUCAACACCCACCUCUUCAACCUACUCGACCCAUAUUCUGCCCCCAGAGGAGCCUCAGCCCCAAGUUGGCCUCACUGGGACUGGAGCUUUGCUGGAGGAAUCUUCUCAAGCUGGGUCUGCUGAUUCUCAGAGCAGGACAGGAGCACACACGCCACCUUACAACGGACAAAGUCAGGUAACUGAAGAAGCAUAGAAUAAAUCUUCAAUCUCAGCUUGUUUGAUACCACAUAAAUUUCCUAAUAAAAAUAAGUGCUAAGUUGUUACUUAUUGGUCAAAAAGGCUGAACUAUGUUGAUGUAAAUGUAGGGGAUCGACACCUGUUUGUCGCAAGGGCACCAACUCUGGGUAAAGUUUGAGGCUGACUGUUUUGGUAAAAGCAUCCCAAAUAAACAAACUUAGUGUUUUGUGUUCAAAAUAAGUGGAAAAUAGCAUCUUUCAUACAGAAAAUGUUUGACUCAUCUUUUAAACGCAAAGUAUGUACUCAUACAUUUCUGCUAACCAAAGUAGAGAAGUAAGAACAUCACAGCUACAAAGAGAAAAAGCACAUGAAGUAGUUAAUAUGAAGUUAACAUUCUGGUAAUAGAUUUCUCAAUAAGAGUGUUUUGAUUUUCUUUGUUGAAAUCUGGCUGGUUUGGAUUGUGUCGGAUCAAGUGGGUCUGGUAACCCUGACUGUCUGACUCUGUUUUCUUUCAGUCCUCCCCUCAUUCCUCAGGUGAAGACAUGGAGAUCUCAGAAGAUGAAGAAGAGGAGGCCACUAUAACAACAGUGGCCCCUCAUCAGCCCACAGUCACCUCAGGUUCCUCGCCCUCUUCAUCCCAGGCUGCCAUGCCAUCUCAAACAUCGGACCCCUCAUCUUCACCCCCACCAAUUUCUGACUCAACGCAACACUUUGGCACCUCCAUGCACCCUCCAAUACCUUCAUAUCCUCCUCAUUUGCCUCCUCCACCGCCUCCUGGUUACUCGCUUCAGCCCCCACCUCCCCCGGGGAUCCCUCCCCUGUCUCACAUGGAGCUGCACCCAGAGUACCCCCCUCCCAUUCCUCACCACAUGUAUGACUAUGCCACGUCCAUGGAGCUGAUGAACCAGUACAGUGGUGGAGCUCCCAUGUCUUUCCAAAUGCAGACCCACAUGCUUAGCCGCCUGCAUCAGCUGCGCAUGUCGUCAUCCAACGGCACCCCGGGUCCUGGUGAGGCAGCUACUGCAGACUACUCCUCCUACCAUCUCCACUCUAUGCCACCACCCCACACACACCACCCGUAUAUGGACCAAGAGGGUAGUGGGGCGGGUUCACAUUAUGACCAGGACCACCGUUACAUGCCACCCCACAUGCCCUACCCUUACCCCGACCCCCACAGCACUCAGAUACCACCACCUCCACAUCAUGGAAUACCCCCACCCCAUACUGGAUGGCCGCCACAUGUCUUACCACCACACUACCCCUCUUACAUGCCCCCACCUGGCUAUGGCACCAUACUGCCUAGAGAUGGAGGCGAGUACAGUGCUCCUGGUGAGGAGAUGCCCAUGCUGGUGGAGAAUCCACAUGAGGCCACAGUGCAGCUGGUCCUGGCAACUCUGAUCCAGGAAAUGAAAAACAUCAUGCAGAGGGAUUUGAACCGCAAGAUGGUAGAGAAUGUUGCCUUUGCAACUUUUGAUGAAUGGUGGGAAAGGAAAGAGACGAAAGCCAAGGUGAGGAUAACCAAUCAAAAGGAUGGUCCCGUCCCUGAGUUUUUUAUGUGUGCAAAGUAGGGAGAUAUUGUCAAAUCUGUCUCUCCAUGCUCCUUUUAUAGACAUGACCUCACAGGUUCUCUCUGCUUUAUAACUAAGAAGGGGAUAUUUUGUUUUCCAAAGCAGUGUGAAUUACUUUGCCUCAUCCACAGGAGCACAACUGUGGUUCUGACUACAUUAACCACUGAUCAUGCUGUGAAAUGCACCAAGUUGAGAACUGAAAAUUGUUUCUAUUUUUCCUUGCCUAGCCUUUCCAGACUAUGGUUAGGGGAGUGUCUGCCUUACGGGAUGAUGAGAAAAAAGAAGAAAAGGUCAACCGUCCUCGGGAACCUCUCACAUCUUUAGUAGACUGGGCAAAGAGCGGUGGCAUGGAAGGAUUUUCUCUCCGUGGAGCCCUGCGGCUGCCUUCCUUCAAGGUAAAGACACUCCUUUUCACAGAUCUCAUGAUGGAUCUCCAUGUUUGACAGCCCACACUGUGGUUUAGCUAAAUUAGACCCAUGAUUACACACACGUAAGAAAAGUGUAUAUUUUAGAGGAAUUUGUAACCCAUAAAUAAAACCAUUGAUAUAUGUGUUGUCAUUGAAAAAAAAGUCAUGUCACAUGGUUUACUGAUGAAAAUUUCCAGCUCUGUUUGGUGAGCUCUACUACACAUACAUGCUUAUUUUUGUCAAGAAGAAAAUAUUAGAAAAUGAGCAUGUUUGAUAUUGCUUCAUGUGUGUGGUUUAGUCUUGUGAAGUGCACAAAAUUUGCCGUUCUAAACUGUAAAGCUGUUAAUCAAUUCAUGUGAUUGUUCAGGUGAAGAGGAAAGAACCCCAAGAGCUUCAAGAGGGAGACAUGAAAAGGCCACGACCUUCGACCCCACCAGACGAGGAUGAUGAAGGUUUGCAGAGCUGAUGUUGAACGUUUCCAAAGAAGGGUUUGAUUAAUGAUGACAUAAUGCAGUGAACCUCAAACUUCUCUCUUGUAUUUUAGCCACUGAGGGACGAAUGCCUGAGGCAGACAGGCGCGGAGCUGAAAGGGAUAACAAGAGGAGGAAGAAGAAGCCAAGGAGUCGUAAACCUUGGGAGCUUGGCAGUGAGGGUGAAGAGACAUCUGAUGGAUCCUCGACAGAGAAGGUAUAUCUACAUGUAAUUGUCUUGAAGAGGCACCAGUGUGACGUUGGGAAAUAGUUUUUAUCACGUGUGUCACUCAUUAAAAUGUUGGAUGCUUUUUGCAUGUUUGUAGUAAAAGUUUGACCUUUCAUUUAUUGAUCUGUUGGUUCAUAAGAUUGAUGAUGUUGUUGUACCACCCAGUAGCUAGAUGGCAGCAUUUCACUGCUAUUGAGUAGUAUUGUAACAAUAAGCUUGUCAUGUGCAGGAGGAUGAAGAGAGUGAAAAGGAAUCUGAUGGUGAGUAAAAACCUGUCUUGUUUACCUUUCUUCCUAUGCAUAUUUUUGUUGACUUUUUGCAGAGGCAGUAAUAUAUCCAAUCAUUUUUUUUUCUUUUGAAGAUGAUGUCCUGAGUGCGGAUAGUGAUGAUGAGAGCCUCUCCUCAUCCUCUGAGGGCUCUUCCUCUUCAGCAUCCUCCUCUUCCUCUUCCUCUGAAGAUGAGGAUGAAGGAGAGGGAGACAGGGCAGAGAGUGAAGGGCCAGACACCAUGGAUGAGUCAACCAUGGACAGUACUCUUGAGAAGGAGGAUGACAGGUAUGAUCAGACACCUGAGCUCUGUGUUACAUAUGAGCUUUGAGAGUUUUUUUUUAAAUCUUUAUUUAGAUUCAUGUUUCCUCAUGUUGGUGUCUCAGACUCUCGCUUCUCUUUUUUUUAUUCUCCUCAGGGAACGUAACACUGCUGCUGUUUCAAAGACCGAGGUCAAAACAGGUCAGUCAGAGAUCCACUUCAGUUGAAAAAAACAUGAUCAGUCACUUUGGCCUACCUCCAACAAAGGCUUUGCCACAGCAAAGGCAUUUAUAAUGAGUUCACCCAUGACUUCUGGAUCCUUGCUGUCACUGCUCCUCUAUGCUUCUCAACAAAGUUACUAAAAAUGUAUUUCUGAGCAGUCUUUCAAAUCUCUGAUUUUCUCUCAGGUGAUGCCAAGGACAGCAAGGCAGAUCCAACAUUACCACCCACCAAGCUUCCUUCUUCACCCCCAUAUCCACGUCCUUCAUCACCCAUCGUUCUUGUGCCUCCUCUCAAGAAACGCAGGAAGACUGUCUCAUUCUCCACAGGCGAGAGUGACAGCAAAACUCAAUUACCAGCUGCACCCCCAUCUCCGGCUCCCUCAACUGCUGGUGAAUCUCCCCUCGUCUCUCCAAGCAGGCCUCCAGACUCGCCCAUCACAUCUUCUAUGACCGCCUCAGUUCGUGCCACUCAGGGCAUCCAACUGCUCCCCUUUGCCUCCAAACCCGGUGCAGGCAAUGCCCUCAUCGUGCCCCCACCAGGCCGAAUCCCGGAUUCUGAUGAGUAUAAGAAGGGACCACCUGUGUCUCCUCAGAUCACCCCUGUCAAAUCCCCAGGGAAACGAGGUGCUGGCAAAGAGUCACCCAAAUCCCCUGGGCCUCCUGUUAUGGUGUGCCGCACUGUGCAGAACCUGCCCUUGGAUCAUGCCUCUAUGUGCAGGAUGGCCUUCGAGGAGGCCCCUCCUCCACCCCCUGUCAACAAACGGUCCAGAGGCAGGCCACGCAGCAGUCUUUCUGCCUCUUCCCUCAGAGAGGAAGAGGAGGAGGAUGAAAAUGAGCAGAGGUUGAGACUCAGAGAGCAGCUGGGGGCAUCAAGCCUCCUGCAGCUGGCUGCAGCUUCAACCACUGACCUGUCUGUGCUGGCUGAUGUAGCCCUAAAAAUGGACCCUGAUGGUGGGGACUCUGAAGAGACAGAGACAUCUGAUGAGGCAGAAGAACAGAAGAUGGAGGAGGAUCUCCUCUCAUCAGGGUCUGUGUCUCUGUUGAUGAGCCCAGAGGGUGUCAUUGUCCUCAUGGAGCACAACUACUGCAAACCCCUUGUACUCACAGUACCAACAGGUACAAGAAGGACUUCCUCCAAACAAGACCCCUCCAUUUUGCUCCCUGCAGACCUCAACACUAUUUCUGGGGUGCUUGAAGCACCAGAGGAGGUCAUUGGAGAUGCAGUACCACCUAGGGUGGAUACCGGGGAGUAUGUUUCCACAAUGGGGGUGUUGUGUGAGUCUGAGGAUGCAGGUCAGGCUGCAGCUUUGUCUCCAUCGUCAAAGAAUAUCAGGGCUGGCAAGGGUUUGGAACUCGAAAAGGACAAGAGCAAAAAAAGGAGAAGAAAAGACAAAGAGAACCUUGAGGUUGAGCGCACGAAAAAGCAGAAGGAGCAGCCAGGCAAGAAGCAAAGGAAGCGGAAACUAGAGGUGUGUUCUCGCAAAUGUCUGUGGAUGUGUGUGGUAGGCAACAAUGUGUGUGACACAAUGAAACUUUGAGUCAUCUGACGGUUUGGUUUUAUAGUUUUGGGAACCCCAUAAGGUCACUUAAUCUGGAAGUUUUCCUCAGAGCGUGUGAAAACGUUCAUAUUUUUCUAUUUGAGUUCUGGCUGGAUGAUUAGGAUGUUACUAAACGUGACACUAACACUGACCAGUGUCACUAAUGUCUCUACUGGGGCCAAAUCCUCUACCAAAGCAAAUGUAUUCAUUGUAAAUCAGUCUAUGUAUUCACUGAGUCAGUGGACACCUGAAACAGUCCAGAACCUGUGAGGCAGCAGUACUACAAAUGAAUCAAAACAGAAUUUUAUGGAUUGAAAGACAGAAAGAAGUGAUGUAGAGAUAAAACUUAGCUGCAGUGCUUUUCCAUUGUGUUCAUUCACAGUUUCUUGAUAGUAAUAAUCUUUGUCCUCUCUCAGGACUCGGAGGAAGAUGUGGACGUAGAGGAGCUUGAGUCAGGGGAACUAUCAAGCUCAGACACAGAAGACGAGGUGGUUGAAGAGGUGAGGAAGAGUGAGCGCCUCUUCCUGCAGGAGGCCGGGAUUACAUCAUCUCAGCGCUGGCCUAAGCCUAUCCCGGCGCCCGAGUCUUCACCAGUGAAGUUUGAAAACCGCAGUGAGUUUGAGCAAAUGACCAUCCUGUACGACAUCUGGAACUCCGGUUUGGAUGGUGAAGAUUUGGGAUUGCUGAAAAAGACUUAUGAGAAGCUGCUCCAGGACGACCACAGCUCUGACUGGCUCAAUGAUACCCACUGGGUCAGCCACACAAAUAUCCUUAUCAAUGACAGCCUUCUGUGUCUAUGUAAAUUGAUGUCUGUGUAUUUUUAGUGGGCAAACAUGUCAUACCUUUAUAUCUCUGCUUGAUUAUCUGCUGUUGGCCUUGACCUUUGAGCUGCACUAACCAAUUUGCCGAACCCUCGGCGAAAGAAGAAGAACCCAGGUGGACAGCUUCGUGAGCAUGUGACCGGGUGUGCCAGGAGUGAAGGCUACUAUGCCAUCAGCCGCAAGGAGAAGGAUGUGUAUCUGGACUUGGACCUUCCUGAGCAGGUCAUAAGGGAGGUGGAGAACGUUGACACAUCGGUAAGUGUCGUAUCUGUUUCAUUCUUAGACUCUGGGAUCUUUUGGUGUCUUCCUUGUUGUCACUAAUAAUUCCUAUGCUAGCAGAAUUUUGUUUUUGUUGGAUUAAUAGCUUUUUUAAAUUUUGAUCACACAUAAUGAAACGAGUAAUUGAGAAAAGUGAAAAGGGCUUGAGCAGUAUUUUAGAUCAAUUGGGAAGCUUUUAUGUGAUUUGAAGUGUGAGUAGUCUAUUUGUCACAAAGUCGCUUCUGGAUUUGAACUCAGCUUCAUGAGUUCAUGUUUACUAUUGCUCUCGAUAAUGAUAAACAAAUGAGGGGUCAGUUGUGCAAUGACCUGCAGUUGUUGCUGCUGUUAUUCAAAUAAAAUGUUGAGAGCACUGAAUAUAAAAGCUAUUAGGUUGUGAAGGCCUAUGUUUGUGGGUUUUUAUCAAAGUCUUCAAUGAUGUUGGGGCACAAAUUCAGCGCAGGUGGUCCAAAUGCAUGUCAACUUUGAUGAGUCUAAAAUUAGUUAAAGAAAGUGAUAUUAGGUAUGUAUCCUAUAGAAGUGCUAAACUGUUAAGAUCAUCUGAUGUUUUUUAUACUCACUCAUUUAUGUGACACGAGAGCUAUUAGGUAUUCAAAAUGAAACUCUGUGGUUGCCACAUUUGUUUUCCUCUCUAGUCUAACACCAGAUGCUGAGCAGAUAUAAACUAACAUGGGUGUGAGAAUCAAAAGGGAGGAUGUUUAUCUAUCUCACUUUGAAUUUGGUUCAAACCCAGUGUCUUCAAAGUCAUCUUAAAUAGCCAUGUUGUUAUUUUCUGCAUUAUUGGUAGCAAAUCAAGUGUAAUAAUACAGACUUCAAGAGUCUGGAUAUUUUUCACAAAGCUGUGUAGAAAAAUACUUUGACAUUAGUAAAAGAGAAGCUUCAAGAAUCCACUUAGUUUGCAGAAGAACAACAGAAGGACUGGUAACAUUUCAAAUGUUGAGCAGUUUCUGUGGUAGAAAAGUGGUGGAGAUUUGCUGGAAAGUGAAAGAAAAAAACCCACAUGUCCGAAAGAUGUCAAUGUGGAAAGAAUGCUGUUGUUCAGCUCUGUGCUGGCUCUGAUAACAACCUAGGGGGUUCAGUGGAGGCUGGAUACAAUGGUUAUUAUAGGGGGUCGAUAUGCGGCUAGGUAAUGCCCCUUUGGAGUUUUAUUGGCAUGGACUCUAGUCAAGACAGUUGGCCCACAGUCAUCUGGCAUCAAAAUCAGGCCAUUUGUAAGGUUUGGAUUAUGUGAGAGGAUUUCAAAAGAGAGGACAGGGGUGAUGGAUUUGGGCUUUUCUGGAGCUAACAUGGCUUUGCUACUGACACAUUUUUGUUUUCCAAGUUUGAGGUUGUUGUUAAAUCAACACUGUAACUCGUUGUUUAAAAUGUCAUUUUUUUACUUAUUUGCUGUUUUCAGCGGUUGGAUAUCAUACUCAGCUGCUUUCAAGUUGUGCUCCAUAAAGUAUCUUUAGCUUUUAAGAAAAACAUAUUUACUUACAAAACUAAGAUAUUUUUUAACAUUAUCUCAGUCUGCACAUGACUUGGCAUAAAUCAGAUGUAAAUGCAGAGUCAGGUACAGUCAGUCUCAGGUACUCAGUGGUGUGUCUGAGUUUUUCUCCUUCAUGCUACACUUCACGCUUGUUUCAUUGCUUUAGUAUGGUCAGUUUAUUCAAUAUCUUGAGUUGAUUGUUGGCACUGUUAUUAAGGAACCUACCCCGAAGCUUUGAAAAGUCGUGUCCUUUAUUUGUUGGUUGUGUAAUCCAUGUGGACUGAAUGCCUGUAAAACUAGAAGACCAACUUAUCUCCACAUUUCCUUUUGCAGUUUCCUAACAGUCUUAUCUGCUUACUGAUCGGUUUCCAGAUGAACCUUACACACACUAACAUGGUUGUUGCUCAUAACGUGUUUGCCUAAUUCCAUCCUCUUCAUCUCAAGGCCUAGUGAUACCGUAAUUAUGUUAUGUCUACUUGUAACGCCCUUCACUCUGUUUCCUUUCAGGGAGCUAACCGGUUGCUAUCAGAACGACGUUCAGAGCAGCGCCGCCUCCUCACUGUCAUUGGUGCCACAGCUGUCAUGGACUCUGACCUGCUCAAACUCAACCAGCUUAAGGUGUGUACAGCCAGUGUAUCAUUGGUAUCUCCUGUACCCAUCUAGUCCCAAUACUUAAUACCCAGUAUGGUUUGUAGAUUUAAGGUCCUUUACUUUUAAGUCCUCUUAAACAGAAAAUCACCUUUUAACAAUAUACAAAAGCAAGCAAGGGUUAGGGACAUCAAGGACAAGAUUUUGAAAUCAGUAAGAGGUGGUGGCAGCUGGAGAAACAGCUGUUUGUUUGACAAUUUUCUCUUGAAAUAUUUCAGAUUUAUGAAAAAUUUGAAUCUGUCAAAGGUCAGCAAGAUUAGAUUUUUGUUAAGUCAUUCAAGCACAGACUGCUUUGUCCAUUGGGGGCACCAAAUCCGACACAAACCAAAAGUCCCUCACAGGAGCUUUAAGUGCGUUUGGCGUUAUCAGUGUUGAAAACAAACUAUGAUGACACAUCUGACUGACUUUAAUGCUCAACUGUAGACACUCAGACUCAAGUAAACUUGACUAAAAAAUUCUAAAGUUUCUCUGAGCAGGCAAACUCAUAUUUCUCAGUCAACUAAGCAAACAUUUUGAUUUUUAUCACCUUUAGCUUACAAUUACUAUAAUCCUCCAUCCAUCAGCAUGAAACACAAAUCCAUCUCUGUACUUUCAAAUUGCCAUUUGUAUGUGCUGCUGAUCUCAGGCAGAUGGAGCAACACAACUUUGACCCUGGAGAACUCCAACCCUUUUAUAAUAAUGUUGAGAAAUGAUUACCCUCAUGUUUUUUUUUUCAUAACCAGGAAAAGCAUAUCAGUUUUAAACUCAUUAGUGUGUGUCUUACACACCACAUCCAAACAGGUAACAGGUGGAAACGGCUUUCUUUUUGAGGUCUUUUGUGACCUCUGCCAACUUCAAAGCUAUUUUCCAUGUGGGCCGUUACCUUGUGUAGAAAUGGCAAACAAGACAUGACGGUUUAAAGAGCAGUUUGCUUACACUUAAGAACUAUCUUCCACCAACAAAGGCUUUAUCUGCCUUCAAAGUGCCUUUGAUCCAUUGACUCAGGCUCCCUGCUUUCUUUGUAAUCUGAUUAAUCUUGCCAAACUGAGUUAAAACUGCAGCUUUGCAAACCCUGUUCAAGCCUUACAUUGGCAUAUGCUGAGGUCCAUUUUUUCAUUUGUGUACCAUUAAAAAAUGCUGAUACACUUCAUUCUAAAGGCUUCUGUCUGAAAUUAUCAUUCUGUCUGUGUGCAGUUCCGAAAGAAGAAGCUUCGUUUUGGACGCAGCAGGAUCCACGAGUGGGGCCUGUUCGCUAUGGAGCCUAUUGCUGCUGAUGAAAUGGUCAUUGAGUAUGUGGGUCAAAACAUCAGACAGGUACGGCUCUGAGUCUGUGUUAUUGUCGUCAUUUUAUCAGUGUGUUGACCUAAAAUCACAGGAUACAUAACAGCUAGUUUAAAAACAUUGAUGAUAGACUUCUUACUCUAAACUAUGGAAAUAUGCAUCAUAUCUGUCAACCCUCUUCAGAGAUGAAUUCCUCCAUUGAACUCAAUGUAAUUAAACCCCUUGUAUGUUUAAUUACAAUAUAAACUAAAAGGCAUCCUUUAAGAUUUUCGAUAAGGGUUGAUUGAGUGUUUAUGUGAUCUGUAAGAAAAUGUUCUGCUGUGUCCAGAUGGUAGCAGACAAUCGGGAGAAGCGAUACGCUCAGCAGGGCAUUGGGAGCAGCUACUUGUUCAGAGUGGACCACGACACAAUUAUAGACGCCACCAAGUGUGGCAACCUCGCUCGAUUCAUCAACCACUGCUGCACUGUGAGUCUCAGCAUACUCAGUCGACAUCUAUCCAGAGCUGACAGUGCGAGGCUUAUUUGAUGGUGAGUUAUCAUGAUGCGGUCUCUCAUUCAUUUUUUUUGCUUUAUCCCUCCAGCCAAAUUGCUACGCCAAGGUCAUCACCAUAGAGUCCCAGAAAAAGAUUGUGAUCUACUCCAAACAGGCCAUCGCUGUGAAUGAGGAGAUCACCUAUGAUUAUAAGUUCCCGCUAGAGGACAACAAGAUCCCUUGCCUGUGUGGAACAGAGAACUGUCGUGGGACAUUGAACUAGUUGACAAGUUUCUCUUUCUCUCUUGCCAACAGCCAGCCAGAACUCCAUUGAUUCACCCUCCUCAUACUUUAUUACCCUGUGAUACCCCCUACCACGUCUGAGACAACCUCACAGUUGUCCUCACAAUACCCAGGAAACCAAGACUCACUCGCGCACUUUCACCUACCCUUUUUUUUUAUUACAUUCUCUUGGCAGAUUGAUGAGCCAGUGUAUGUGGGGUUUGUGUGACCUGGCAUGUAAAGGGCCUCUGUUACACAGGCAGCUCCUCUGUGACAGUAUUGUUUCACUUGAUGGAUGAGAAGUUCCAGUUAAGUAGUUCCAUGCAGCCUGGCAUGAAAGGGCCUUUUUCUCCCCAUGCCAAUAUCCGUUUCUAGAAGCACUCGUGAAGAGAGAAAAAUAACACACUGGGUUUUUUUUAAUAUUCAAGACAGAUCACAUAAUCAACCACCUAGAUCCUUCUUCCAAUAUUCAAUUCCUCCUCCCUUUGCACCCCUCUGUCCUCACAGGUCCGCACACUGACGCACAGAAAUAUAAGACAAAUUCAGGGUUUUUAAAAAUCGCUUAAGGGCGCUCUUUUAAGAUGAAAACUUCAAUUUGGUCUUCAGUUAUGCAAGAUUUCCAAGUGUGAAGAUUGUUUUUGAUCAUUUUUUAAAUUUUGUUUCAUAGUAUCACAUAUUGAUAUUACUCUUGCUGUUAUUAAUGGUAUUUAGUUGCAUUAGCUGUAAGUAUCUAACAGUGAAAUAAGCUUCACUGUAUCCACCCACUGCCUUCAGUGGCUCGUGAAUCACCAGCCCUAUAAAACUCUCCUUCUCCACUGUGCGUUACUCUCCUUCUGUCUGGAUGAGUCCUUUGAGUUAUUGUUUUUAGUCCCUACAUGAACAUCAGUUAAAUUGUAGCUGAAAGUGUGUUAUUUUUACAUGGCCAAUGUUUUUUAUGUUUUUUUCUGCAGAAGUAUCACACAGAAAUAUCAGUCUGUUCCUCUUUUGUUUGUUCACCCCCCAGAGUCCUAAGCUGUGUCAACAAAGGUUUUGUAUUCAGGUCUUGAGUGUUUGUACGUAGGCUCUCUGUGUCAGUCUGUCUGUGUUUAAUCGUCCCUUCCAUGAAAUUUACUUAUUUGGUUUCAACCAGCAAAUGUUUGGUAUAUGUUUUAGGAGAUUUCAAACCGCAAGUUCUUUUUUUUUUAUGAACCGGCUCAGCAAAAACCCCACAAAACUCCUGCAGGUCCCUUGACCUCUGCUCCAAAUGUUUUUAAAAGACACAUUUUUAAUGUGAUCAGGUCUCCUUAGAGGUUUAGUUAAGCAAAGUUUCUAUUUCCUCAUGGUUUAUAGGACUCCCAUAAUUAAAUAGUGUGUAUUUUAUUUGAUCUCGGAGUCAUUUGCCCCACUUUAAGCAUCCCUCCCUGAAAAAUUUCAGCUCCAGGCAAACAAAUGCUCUUCUUUAGUCCUGUUUGCAGUUAAGAUGGUUGGAAGAUAUUUAAGGGCAAGUGUCAGCAAGUUUUUUGAGACGCUCCAUACAGAGGGAUGCAUAUGGCCUGUGUGUUUUCUCUGUUUAUCAUAUGGCUCUGGCCGUCCAAAGUUUCAGCUGUUAUCUUGACAAACAGGCGUCUCCUUCGUUUUGAUCUCACCCGAACAGGAAAAUGUGUAAAAUAUUUUUUUGUUUCAAUGAAGCCUUUCAGUACAAACCUACCGUAUUAACAACAGGAGAAAAAAAUGAAAGGAGAAAAAAAAAAUCAAAGUACAUGUAAAUAUUGUAGAGGUGUUUGUUUCUCGUAGAAACACACUGAUUUCAGGCUGUAAAUAUGUUGUUCCUUUUCCCCUCACCAUGAGGAGGAAACAUGUACAUACCUUCCAUUCAUUUAUUUUUUAUUGUUUCUCCUUUUAAUUUGAUGAUUAUUUUAAUAUUAUUUGCAAUAUUUCUCUUGUAUUAAUGCGUUGGACCCUUUAUUAAUGGUGCAUUAAAAUAUUUUUUAAAUAAAUGAA